AUGGCCAGCACCGCUGCUAGUCGGGAAGCAGGCAACAAUCACAGUGAAGGCAGCACCACACAUGGAGGCACCACAGGGGAGCCUGCCAUGGUCACCGACAACACCAGGCAAGAAUCCAUUGAUAGUUCAUCCACCAGGAAUUUGCUAGCCCCUAGCCAUGAAUUCAGAGUCACCGUAGAUUUUGAGCUCCUGUGGAGACUGCGGAAGUAUCUGCUGCUUCUUGGUAUCCUAGCUGUUAGUGUUACAUACAAUUCUGGAUUAACUCCACCUGGAGGGUUCUGGUCGAACAACACAAAAGAUGGGCAUUCUGGACAUGACGCGGGUGACCCUGUCCUUCGGGCUCUGUUCUUCUCACGGUAUGAGGUAUUCUUCUACUGCAAUGCAACAGCCUUUGCUGCAUCUCUUGUCCUAAUCAUCUUGCUUCUGAGUAAAAAUGUGACAAGGCAGAAGUUAUGGCUCCGCUCAAUGCAACUUACCAUGAUUCUGGACCUGUUUAGCCUAAUGGGGGCCUAUGCUGCUGGAAGCUACAGGGCAGUAAAGUCAUCCAUUUACAUCUGGAUUCUGGUCUUUUCUGUUUUCAUAUAUAUUAUGAUCCAUAUCCUACUAUUUAUGAGAGUUGUUCCAAAAUUUGUUUCGGAGAAAAGAUUUGUUCCAAAAUGGCUGAAAGAUAUGGCAAUGUCUGUGCAAGAUUGGAUUCUAUCCAGGUGUGAUGUUCAUAGGAGUGAAAGGAACAACUCCCAUGAGAAAGAUCUAGAGGAAGCUCGCAAGUUCAUUUUGAUGCUUGUGACUUUCGCUGCAACUGUGACAUACCAAACAGGGUUGAGUCCACCGGGUGGUUUUUGGGCUGAAGACGGUGAUAAAAUUCCAGCUACAUCUAUGCUUCGCAGUAAAAACCCUGCUCGAUAUAAUACUUUUGUUAUUUGCAACUCAACUUCCUUUGUUGCGUCUUUGGUCACAAUCAUACUGCUUCUGAGCCCAGAACUGAGUGGGCAUGGCAUCAGAUCCAAAGCAGUGAUUGUAUGUGUCAUUGUCGACAUAUUUGGCCUGGUUGGAGCAUAUGCUGCAGGAAGCUGUAGGAGUGUGGCAACAUCUGUCUGUGUUAUUUUGAUUGCUGUUGUAGUAUGGAUCUGCUUUGCAGUUUUAGCUGGGACUUUUGUUAACAGAUCUGUAUCAGGCUGGUUUGGAAAGAUCAAACCAGAUAUUUUGUGGUACAUGGAUAAAUUUGGCCGGGUCGUUUCAUUGAAUUUUGGCAGCAAGAGAUCAAGAAAUCCAGAGGGAGAGAAUUCUAUUGCAAGUAAUCAGCAAACUGCAGAUUGCAUAAAAGAUGGAGCAGAACCAGAAAUUGCUAGGGUGCCAGAAUACCAGCUUCAAUACCAUCAGCAAGUUCCAAAUAUUAAAGAGGGUGACUCCCCUGGGGAGCAGCAGAGUCCAGGCAAACAACAACCUACAAACACUGGGGUUGUGUCCAGCUCAGAGUAUGCAUUUGUGAAUGACAAGCAAGCAGAAAAUAGCAGCAAUGUCACGUGCAACCUGGAAGGUCAGUCUACAGACCCAAAUUCAGUUGCAAACGAGGCUAUGUCUGAAACUGAAACAGAAAACAUGCAAGAUGCAAAUAUGGAGGAACAAUCUUCAUUGGUGGAUGAUCUUAAAACUCCCAUAACUGUGGCUGGUAUGUCUAAUCAUGAGCAUCAAUUGGUAGAUAACCAUAGAGUUCAAAGUAUGAUCAGGCAAUCUUUCUCUACUGAUGAUCAAGAAUCCACAGCCGUGGAGUGCUUGUCCGACAUUGCAUCCAAUAACUAUAACGGAGCCACCAACAGUUUCAAGGAAGAGGAAAAAACUUCUGAGGAGACUUUGGAAGCAAUUGAGAUAGAGAGUUCUGAAACCAAUAAUGUCUCUAGACCUAUUGAGAAUGGCAACAUUGGCAUGCAUGAAGUAGCUCCCAGACAAAAUGCCAGCAAUGUAAAUGCUGGUUCCAACCCAACUGAUGAACAUCUGAAGAAGUCCCGAACAUAUCUUCUUCUUCUAGCCAUUCUUGCAGUAUCCCUGACGUAUCAAUCAGGUUUAAAUCCACCAGGUGGUUUCUGGUCCCAAAGAGAGAACAAUAAUUCAACUGGUGUUCCCAUCCCUAAGAACACUCAUCAUCGUCCCUAUCAUUUACCUGGUGAUCCCAUCCUUGAGGACACUCACCAUCAACGCUAUAUUGCAUUCUUCUAUUUAAAUGCUAUCGCCUUUGUUGCUUCCCUUGUCAUGAUUAUUAUGCUCCUGAAUAAGAGGAUGAGCAACAAGGUCUUAAAACGAUAUGCACUGCAGAUAACAAUGAUAGUGGAUCUUCUUGCUCUGACAGGGUCUUAUGUUAUGGGGAGCUGUAGGAACAGAAAGAGUUCCAUAUACAUCUGGCUGUUGGUGUGCCUUGUGCUGGCUUAUGUUGCUGUUCAUGUUCUGAUAGCAAUACAUGUAAUCCCUGAAGGGUGCAAAAAGUUUGUUGCACAUAAGAUUGAGAAUUUAUCCUGCAGAUAUAUAUGGACAAAGCCUUCGAAUGGGAACAACCAAAGAAGUGAUGCUAAUGGUAAUGAUUGUGAGCUUGGGCUGAGCCAGAGGGGUGAUGCUGAUGACAAGAACUGGGAGCAGAGGCGUAAUCUACUAUUGAUGCUUGCUAUUCUAGCUGCAACAGUCACAUACCAAGCUGGCAUGAAUCCUCCAGGAGGUGUAUGGUCUGAUGACGAGGCGGUGAGUGGUAAACCAGGAGACCCAAUCCUUCAGCACAACAAUUUUAAGCGUUAUGAUGUUUUCUACUACUCAAACUCACUCUCAUUCGUGGCAUCUGUAGUUAUCACAAUAUUACUUGUGAACAAGGAAUCCUGCGAGCAUGGUAUCAAGUCCUAUGCACUAAGAGUGUGUUUGGUGGUGGGCAUGGUUAGCCUCUUGAUUGCCUAUUCUGCAGGAAGCUGUAGGAAAGCAAGAGAAUCUAUUUAUCUCAUCAUCAUUGCUGUUGCAGUUCUGAUUGCCCUUGUGAUUCAAGUGCUUCUUCUCUCCUCAACACAAGAUAGUCUCAGAGGACCGACUGGACAAUUUAUAGAACGUCUGCUUCAGCUGCUUUUUGGAAAGGAUGAGGCCUGGCAUGGAACUACUUCUCAACAGAAAGAAAGCUCAGAUAGUCCUGAGAAAAAAGUUCCAAAGAGGCACAAGUAUUUGAUGCUGCUUGCAGUUUUAGCUGCCUCCAUCACGUACCAAGCUGGUCUCAACCCACCUGGUGGUUUCUGGUCUGACGAUGAUGAAGGCCAUGUGGAAGGCAAUCCUGGCCUAAAACCACCUGGUAAAUUGUGGUCUGAUAACAAAGGACAUUUGGCAGGCAAUCCUGUUCUUCUUGAUAUUAAUCCUCUGCGCUACGAAAUAUUCUUCUGCUUCAACUCUAUCUCAUUCAUGGCUUCUAUUGUCGUAGUCAUGUUUCUGUUGAACAAAUCUGCCCGGAAGAAGACUGUGCCACUUGAAGUAUUGCAUUUGAUCAUGAUACUGGACCUGCUGGCCCUCAUGACAGCUUUUGCUGCUGGAAGUUGCAGAAAAUUCAGGACUUCAGUCUAUGUGUAUGCUCUAGUACUCGGUGUUGUGGUAUACCUUGUGAUUGUAGUUCUUUUGUCAAGUGGCAUUGCAAAAUGUCUGAAACCGACGGAGAGAAAUAAGGUUUCCUCUCAGAGAAGUCCUAGUCACGCUUCUACAACAAGCACACUGAUACUUGAAGACCAAGUUUGA